AUGAAUGAUGACGUUCCCCUUCUGAAACUUCCUGAUGUCGCCAUGAAUCGUGUACUCCAUCACUGUGAAUAUCCGGACUUCGCAAGACUCCGAAAGACUUGUCGCAGUCUCCGCGAGUUUGUUGACACCAAAAAGCCUGACGCACGCAUGUAUAGAGUGGAUAUAAGUUGCGAUGCCAACAGGGUGAUAUUUCGUCUUCGAGGGGUAGGAAACGACAUCCUUAUUUUAUAUAAAAACGAUGAGGGCGGUUGUUUUCCCAGACGCUUUACCGGCUCGGAAGACAAUUUGACAUCGAACGGAUUGGAUGGAAAAGAUUACAUCGAAAUGUUCCAAAACGAUUUCACAGUUUUCUUGAGACAUCAAAGAAGUAUUAUGUAUCAAAUGGCGUUCUAUAGUGAUGGCGAAACAGCAGACAUUGAGCAAGUUCUCGACGCCUUGAAGGCUCACGCAGAAAAUUUGAAAACUCGAAAACUCCAAUUGAAAACCACUAAACUUACACUAAUUGGAUUAUCAGCUCCUCAAAUUCUUCUGGCUCUCUCUUCUGUUCAUGCACAGAGUUUACGUUCUCUGUCAAUCAGUAUCCGGGGAGAAAAUGUUUUGUUGGAUGAAAUGACUGAAACAGAGCAGUGGAGGCAAUUGGAUACUUGCAUGUCUGACCGUUUUCAUAUAUCAGAUAUCCGUCGGAUUUCCCACUUGCGCAAAUUCAGUGGCUUUGUUACGAGUGUAACUGCCGCAGAUUUGGAUUUCCUGAAAGCGGUCUUUAUCAAUUCAUCAAACUUCUCUUAUUGUAUAAUGAAUUGCAACAGUGUCGCCGAUUUGUCAGAGAUAACCGAAAUGUUUGGAGUACAGCCAUUCAAACAUGAUUAUAUUUCUGGUCUUGUCUCCAGACGGUGGUUCUUCCAUAUGGCUAACGACAAGUCUAGAAUUAUUUCCCUGGAUGUGAGAAGUGACGAUUACGUUGAGUUCGAACAACAAGAUAUUGCUGUAGUCCCAAACGAUGCUGUGAUCAUUGGUUGA